AUGUCUGCAUUAUUGGAUCGUUCUCCUCUCUCUCCUAUCCCCGAUACACCCAUUGGACUUCCCGGCCAACCAUGGCAGCCUUUCCACAAGUCCAUCAUGAAGAUUUGCCGUCAUCCAUGUGUGAAAUCAAUGCUGGCCACGGUACCCAUGGGUAUCACCGCGGGCAUUCUAGGUGGGCCUGUCCAAGUGGUUUUUAUACUAAACCUCGCGGCGUUGAUCCCACUCGUCGGUUUGGUCACAAUUGCCAUUGCCGAUUUGUCCCUCAUGACGGGACGAGUGCUCGAAGAACUGCUCAAAGCAUCGGUCGGGAACGCUAUUGAGCUGGCCAUUGGAAUUGUGGCCAUGAAAAGAGGACAUGUGCACAUGGCUCAAUCCACCCUGGUAGGAAGUAUGCUCUGCUACACGCUUCUGGUCCCUGGGAGCUGUUUCUAUCUUGCGGGUUUGAGCAAAGAGCACCUCCAUUUUGACCACACUCUCAUCAACAUCAUGUCUUCCCUCUUGAUGGCGGUAUGCAUGUCUCUUUUAGUUCCGACAAUCAUGGUCACCUUCCCCUCCUUAGAUACCCUUUCCCCCCAGGCUUCGGUAACGAGACAGGAAAUUAUAUUUGUAUCCCGUGGAACAGCAGUAACGCUUCUCCUUCUCCUUGGGGUUUUCCUUCUCUUCCAGCUGAAGAGCCAUGCAUCAAUCUUCCAUCUAGCCGAAGCUUCCAGCGAAUGUUCUCUAGGUCGUCAGAAACCUAAUGAUCAUGAUGGCACGGAACACCAGCCAACGAAAAUCUUCGCGCCACAACCCGCUAUUGUCACUCUAGUAGCAGGGAUGUCUUGCUUGAUUGCGUGCGUUUCCUUUAUUGUCGAUAGUGUCAAUGGGUUCGCACAGGAACUGGGCCUGAGCACGGCCUUUCUCACGUUAGUAUUGGUUCCACUUGUCGGCAAUUCUACGAGAUAUGCCGCGAUUGUUACUGUCGCGCUGAAGGGGCAUGUGGAGUCCGCAGUGCGGGCGAACCUAAACAGCACACUUCGUAUUACUCUCCUCGUUACUCCGACCCUGGUCAUCUUGGCUUGGGUGUCAGGACUAUCCAUGACACUUCAGCUCGAUACAUUCGAGGCGACCAUGUUAUUCCUGGCUGCGGUGGUGAUGAGUCAUGUGAUUCAAGAUGGGAAGAGUAAUUACUUUGAAGGCUUAAUGCUGAUCGGAACGUAUAUUAUAUCUGUGGCUGCAUUCUACAUGCGCCCCGGAAUAACAAAAUAA